CCCCCCCCCCCAGCCGAAUAUGGCUGCUGUUUACAAUGUGCGCGUUGGUUCGGCUGGCGGUGCCGCCGGGGUCGCCUUCCUGGUCGAAAACGGGGGAAGCCCUUCCCAAAAUGACGAGCUGCUCCGCCGUGCGGGCAGCGGCCAAGCCGGGCUGACCCUGAGUGCCCCCGGGGAGCUGGCGGAGGCGGGCAGCCGGACAAUGCCGACGGAGACGGUGCAAACAAAAGCCGGGCAGCGUGAAGCCGGGCUGCACACCAAGUUGUGGGAAGUGUGGGAGAGCGCCGGGGAGACCGUCCCGUCCGGAGACUCCGCCAGGGACGAGAAGGCCGCCCCCCCAUUCCGUCUGCGUCGCAAGCAGCUGCUGAUCACCUACUCCGGCGAGGACAUCGGAGAGGAACUGCUGCACGGAGGGGAGGAGACGGAGUCGGGAUCCGAGUCCGAGGGGGAAACGCCGGCAAGAGAACAACGCGAAGCACAAAGUGGCGAAGGAGGCGGCGAGGGCGGCAGUGCCUCGCGGUCUUCCUCGCUGUCCGAGGAGGAGGAUGGGAGCGGCGGGAGUCUCAGGAAGGCAUGCCCGCGCUGCGGUGAACGUUUCAACGGGCUCUGCAGCUGCAGCCGCCACCGGAAAACAGACGCCAGAGGAGGCAGUGAGAGGGGAGACGAGAACCACCGCAGCCCCCAGCCUGCCCCUCCUCCGCAGCUCCCCAGUGCGCGCAGCUCCCCGGCCAGGGGGGAGAGCGUGGCGACGGGCCCGGCCGAGGAGUCCCGUUCCAGACUGGACCCCCCCGAACUGGGGGACCCCGGCGCGGACCCCCUGGAGUGUCCAGAGUGCGGGAUGUGUUUCACGGACGCUGCCGAGUUCCGCACCCACUGGCAGUACCACACGGACUUCGAGCCCAUGGACGAGGGGGGCGCCGAUCUCCACGGCAACAGCAGCGGCGGCUCGGGACCCGAGUGGAAGAGGCUGCAGUGGCAGCACGAGGAGCCCCGCUUCCCCGGCGCUUACCCCUUCGAAUGCAAGCACUGCAGCAAGGGGUUCAAGCACCUCGCCUCCCUGCAGAGGCACCUGUACCUGCACACCGGCGCCAGGCCCUUCCAGUGCCCCCAAUGCCCUGACGCCUUCGCCUUUGAGCCCACGCUCCGCAACCACCUCACCCUGCACCGGCUGAAGCCGCACCGCUGCCCACACUGUCGCAAGGGGUACCGGGAGGAGAGGCAGCUGCGGGAGCACCUGGCCACACACCAGCGCAGCAAGCCCUACCCCUGCCCGCUGUGCCCCAAGACCUACCGCACCGCGGCCGAGCUCAAGGACCACGGCAACACGCACACCGGUGAGCGUCCCUACGCGUGCCAGGAGUGCCAGAAGAGGUUCACACACCGGGGGGGCCUGAUCGUGCACGGCAAGACGCACAGCGGGGGCAGGAAGGGACGGCGCUCGCUGGACAGGGGGGGCAGGGACAGGGGGAAGCACGCCGCCCCGUUCCCCCCCCAGUCCGGACGAGGACAGGGAGAGGGGAGCGGACAGGCUGGGCUCCGCUGUUUUGACUGCGGGGUUUUUUUCAGACGGGAGUCGGAGCUUCACGAACAUUACAUGCAGCACGCCAGGGGAGAGCUGUAGAACUGGGCUCCUCCGCACACACGCACCCACUGAGACACACACUGAGACACACACACACACACACGCACACACUGAGACACACAC